GAUAUCUUCUCCGGCAUCCAUAUCCGGUGUGUGUUCGGAUUACAACCGUGCGUGUUCCUCUCUUUCUCUGAUUCCUUGUCUUGUUUUCUUGUGGAUUUUGAACAAGGGCUGCUCCGGCGAUCUUUCACCUCUGGCAUCAGAAUACGCAGUUUUUUUUGAAGUAUUCUCGGAAGCACGUGGGACCAAGUAGCCCUUAAUUUUACCUCCUGUUCUAAGUACCCUCUCUUGAGCUUUUUCAAAGAUAUUCUUUGAAACACGUGGGAUAUAGCAGCCCUUAAUUUCAUCUCUUGAUCUAAGUAUUUAGCCAUCACGAUGAUGCAUGAGGAGUGCAAAAGCUUCUGCUUUCAUGAUUGGCUGAACUGGGAAAUCAAUUGUGUUUGUGACUAUGGAGAUUUUGGCAGAGAUGUAAAAUGGGAUGAAAGCAAUUGUUCUUAUGAUCCCAUAGAUCUCUUACCCGUGGAUCCAUUUGAUAUGAAUCUGGACAAUACUUUAUUGGAGAUGGAUUUGGGCACCAAAAUAUCUGUAGCUAUUGCAGAGUGGAUUGAAACUAACAAUGAUGAUUGUAUUGUGGAGGGUGAUGCUUUGGUUGCUGGCUUGAGUUACUAUUGGAACAAGGCUGUUUUGUCUUCGAUUGAGACUCAGCUGAAUCCUGGAAGUUAUGUUGUUGAUUUUUGUAGCAAGGGCUUCUCAGGACCAGUUCUUGAUGUUACUGGAGAUGAAAGUUUUUUGUCAGUGGAGGAAGAUCCUGUUACUAGCAUGAGGGAUUCCAUUUAUUCUUGUGUUGAUGAGAGUUCCGUGCAUGAGGGAUUGAUCUUAUCCCUUGGAUAUUUGGGUGUUCAAGAUCUUCUUUCGGUUGAAAGAGUUUGCAGGUCAUUGCGCAUUGCCGUCCAGAAUGACACCCUGUUAUGGAGAUGUAUCCACAUAGAUUCUCCAUUGAGCGACAAAUUAACUGAUGAUGAUCUUUAUAAGUUGACAGAGAGGGCCCAAGGAAACCUACAAUGUUUGAGUUUGAUUCGAUGCCCUGGAAUCACUGAUACCGGCCUCAAGCGGGUGUUGGGCAGCAAUCUGAGGCUCAAAAAGUUAAGCAUACCUGAGUGUCUGAGGCUGAGUGCUGAGGGCGUCAUUAGCAGCCUCAAGACUCUCAAGUUGUCAGGGAUGCCAGGACUGAAGGCCCUAAAACUUGGUAGGCUAUUCAUUGCAUCUCCAGAACAGUUUGAAGAAUUGAGAUUUUUAGUAAGUACCGAUGAACUGCAUCCAUCGAAAGUUCAUAAACUUAAGUUCUAUCACAACAGCAUUACAUCUCUAGCUUGUGAUGACGAUGAUGAUGAUGGUGAUUGUUCCAUUGAUAUUGAGAUGUGUCCUGUUUGUCAGAAGUGUAGGCUUGUAUUUGAUUGCUCGUUAGAAAGUUGCCAUAGCAAGGGGCCUGAACAAUGCAGGGCAUGUAAUGUUUGUAUUUCAAGGUGUGUAAAAUGCGGGCGCUGUAUUAGCAACUGUGAAUAUGUGGAGACAUUUUGUCUUGAAUACCUCUGCUCGACUUGUUGGAAGCAUACUCCUCCAAGUGAUGAUAUACUAGAGAAAUGAGCCAAUGUCAACUGGAAAUUUCUUUGCGGUUUUGCAUUGGUUGCUAUUGUAUUUAGUGGUGAAUUUUGAAGCUGAACUGGGCUAAUAUGGAUACUGUGUGAUUCAGGAACUGUGAACUAUAUGUUAGUUGCUAGUUUCAAGCUCACAGGAUUGGAACUCUAUUUGUAUUUCAUGCAUGUAAGGCCAUGCGAACCAGAAAGUAAAAAAAAAAAAAAAGGGAAAGAAGAAAAAAGAAAGAAUGAUGCUAGAGAAGAAGAGAAAAAAAAUAUAUGAUGGUUCUGUGAUGUUUUGCUUACCUAUAUAGGCCAGUUCUACGCUAAUAUUAAGUUCUGAGGGAUGGAGCAUUAUUUCUAUUUCAUGUCUCUACGGCAACCAUAAUUGAAAUGGGAAAAUUGAAUUAUGCUUGAAAAAAGUUUGGAAAGAACAAAAAUAAGAAAAGGAGGGUUAUGCGAUUUCUUACCACCUUUGUAGAGGCCAUUUCAACACUAUUUUCAGCUAUUGGAACAUCAAGUAUGAUGAAGCUACUUCUGCAUGUUCUAACGACCCCAAGUUGGGUUAUUUGAUGGUUUGCUCUCCUUUAUUGGAGAGAUUCUACACUAUUUGCAGCUAUGUUGGAACAUCACCUAAGCUAAGGCUGCGUCUGCAUGUUCUGACAUCCCCCAAGGUGGGUUUAAAGUCUCAUCAUCCUUAGCCUUGUUUCAAUUAUUUGGUGGCAGUUGUAUUUUUCCCAUUUUCAUUCAUUCAUUCUUGUGGAAUGCUGCUUAGUUCAAAGGUGGAAUUAUAUCUAAAGUCUCGAUUAUUCGCAAGCUGCAGUUAAAUUUGGUGUAUUGUCUCUGCCACUAUAUGCCUCGUCUUGUUAGCACUUAUGCUGACUAAAUUGGACACUGAAGUUGUCAUGCAGAUGCUUAUUUUGUUCAGCCUUCUGGACUAUGGUAGAUUGCUCAAGCAGGCAGCGAUCAAGCUUUUAUACAGAAACCAGUCUGCAUGCCAAAUUUUGCAGCGUAUAAUAUAGAAUACUAACGGUAAAUUUCUCAAGCAGGUGGUGAUUGAGUUAGUGCGUGCAUAUCGCCAAAGACCUGCAGGUUUUACUUAGAUGUAGGUGGUGGAUGCGGACACAUGAUAGAUUUGCCAAGCAAUUAGGUUUUCUGAUAAGAUUUUUAAUGGAAGGAAAUGUGAGACCUAUAAAUUGGCGCUUAAAACUGCUGUUAUGGCUAUGGAAAUAAUCACAAUUUUUUUGUGAUCGGAGUUUGGGCAUUCCGUUUGGUUGGUACGGUAUGGGCGCUGAGCUACCGAGAUCAUGGUUUAAUUUCAUAGGCAAUGUCAGUAUUUGCUCACAUGAAUAUAAUGCAUUUUCAUCUGACACCGUUUCAGUUUAAUAUUCUCAAAUUCGCAUAAAAAUUUCUACUUGAAAAGUACCAGUGUUAUCAGAUGCAUUUAUGUUGUCUUCUGAUGUAUGCAUGAUUUAACUGGUCAUGUAAUUACACGUGGGCUUCUUGUGGUUGAGUAUCAUAUCCCUGUUCUCAGAUGAUGGUGCCCUAGUUAAGAGGAAAAGACCGAACUGACGUGUCUUAUGGUUUACUUUUGUUGAAAAUUCUACUUCAAAUAUUCUUUUGUUUACUCGUAUGCAAAGCUAAAAAGUUUUUAGUA